GCCGCCGCCGCCCGGCUUGCCGAGCCCCUUCCCCGGCGGCGAGCGAGCGAGCCUCUGCUCCUUCCCCUUCCUCGCACACUUCCUCCGGCCGCGCUCACUUCCUCCGAGGCGACGAGCAGCAGCAGCAGCAGCAACAGCAGCAGCGACGGCGCCGCCCGGCCGGCCGAGCGCCAUGAGCCCAGAUUUCUGAAGGCUAGAGGAGAGGAGGUGUCAGGGCAGCUGCGAUGCAGAGCAUCAAGUGUGUGGUGGUGGGGGAUGGGGCGGUGGGCAAGACCUGCCUGCUCAUCUGCUACACGACCAACGCCUUCCCCAAGGAGUACAUCCCCACCGUCUUCGACAACUACAGCGCCCAGAGCGUGGUGGAUGGCCGGACAAUCAGCCUCAACCUGUGGGACACGGCCGGCCAGGAGGAGUACGACCGCCUGAGGACGCUCUCCUACCCGCAGACCAACGUCUUCAUCAUCUGCUUCUCCAUCGCCAGCCCUCCCUCCUACGAGAACGUCAAGCACAAGUGGUACCCGGAGGUGUGCCACCACUGCCCCGACGUUCCCAUCCUGCUGGUGGGCACCAAGAAGGACCUCCGCUCCAGCCCAGAGGCGGUGAAGAAGCUGAAGGAGCAGAACCAGGUGCCCGUCACCACCCAGCAGGGCGUCAGCCUCUCCAGGCAGAUCCACGCCGUCAAGUACAUGGAGUGCUCGGCCCUCAACCAGGAGGGCAUCAAGGAAGUCUUCACGGAGGCUGUCCGCGCCGUCCUCAACCCGGCCCCCGUCAAGGCCAAGAGACCCUGUGCGCUCUUGUGAAGGCGGACGCUGCCCAGCGCGGACGCUGCCCGCCAGGGCCGCAAACGGGUGAGCCUCGGGGUGGCUGGCCGUUCGGGGCUGGGGGAAGAGGGUCUCCUUAUCCUGUUGCCCCUCCUGAACGAAGGAUCCACACCCCUCCUCCUCUUUCUUCCCCAGAUGUGACUUUUCCUUUCCGUCUUUGCCAGCCAACGCCACUGUUUCUGCCCAGAUCCCCUGAUUCAAAUGACUAGAAAGGGAGAUCGCAACCUCUGGAAGGCAUGAGCCGUUCGGCAGCGAAGGAGGUGGGCUCGCCUUCCUCGGGGGCUUUUCAGCAGAGGUUGCCAGGGAUUCUUGAGCUGCGGGGUGGUCUAGCAGCCCUCGGGGGGGGGGUCCCUUCCAAUGCUAUUAUUCUGUGGCUCAGCUCGUUUGAAUUAGGCAGGGACCUGAGGCCACAGGUGACACUGCAGCGUUUGCACUAAUGGCCUGCACAGUUUCCCUGGGACGACAACAGUGCUUCCUUGGUGGCUCAGGCCCCCCAACACCACUUCCGUCUCUGGCUGCUGGGACCUCAUUUCCCCCUCUUCUUUUGGGGCAAAGCCUUUUGGGGGGCUUCCAAGCCACCACUCCGCUCAAGCUCUUGAGAACCUGAUGGACCUCAGAAACUUAUUGCCAGAAAGGACAGCCCCCAGGAGACGAUGGCAAGGCAGACAGACGCAGCGACCCGGGGGGGGGGGUUCAUCCAACCCCCCAAAAACUUUACUCUUGGGAGCCCACAGCCACACAGAGAGCUGAGAUUCGGCAGGGAAGUUCUAAGCACUGAGAUGACCCCCACCCCACCCCCUGCGACUACUCCAUGACAAUUUGGGACUUGGCAGCUGUCAACAGAGAAGCUUCCUUUGCAGUCCUCCCUCCCUCUCCUCCGGUGGGGGCACCUCGAUGGUUCUCAGGGCUUCUGGGGGGGUGUGCUGAUCUCCCUGUCUCCAUCUCCCCACUUGCCUUUCUCCAAAUCGAGCCCUAGCUGGCAGCUGCACCAAUUGCACCUGAAGUACCUACUUGCCUUAAGGAACCUGCGGUGAAAUGCAGGACACACACCUGUUUACAGAGCCCGACGCUUGGGGUUUUGUGCGUGUGCCUGUUUCAACUUCCUAAGGGGCUUCCUGGAGCCCAGCCUUUGCAAACCUGGCGCCUUCCUGCGGCUUUGGACUACAACUCCCGUCAGCCCCAGCCAGUCCAUGAAUUACUGCCAUGCCCUCUGCGUGGGGCUUCCCUUGCUGCUGAUCCGGGAGCCGCAGUCAGUGCAGAAUGCUGCAUGCAGCACAAUUGCUGACGGGAGUGAGAACCCCUGUGCUCAGAGAUCUGCACCGGCUGCCAAUCUGCUUCUGGGCUGAGUUCAAGGUGUUACUAUUACAAUAUAAAGCCCUUAAUAACUUGGCGCCUGUUUACCUGCAAGAUCGCAUGACCACAACCUCUUUGAUCAGCAGAAUUGGCGUCAUACCUGUUCCGCAUUGGCGAGAACUCAAAUCUCUCAGUGUGGCAGCUUCUACGCUUUGGAAAUCCCUGUCUAUUGACACCAGGCAGCUUUGCUGUGCUCUUCUCAGUCCCUGCUAGAGACAUUUCUUCUGUUCAGACAAUCCUGCCCGGAUGUUUAGAAAGUCCACUUGAGCUUUAAAAAUCUGUUUUUAGCCUUAUCGCUCUUUUAACUUUCCAAAAGCUUCCAGAUCGUUGCAGUUAGGGCUGGGUGAUAUGUGGCGAUAUACUGAUAUAUCACAAUGUCUGAAAUAAGGAUAGGGCUAUGGAGAGGCGCUGGCUGGCUUCAUGGUUUUUCCUGCAUUGUGAUUUUUGCAUAGCAAGCACACACACAAUAUACAUACAUAUAUAUAUACAUAUACACAAUAUAUUGCCAGAUAAAAAACCAUGGAACCGAUGAUCACGAUACAGAUUUCAAACGGCUUUUGGAAGUUAUAUCGAUAUAUCGCCCAGCCCUCGUUGCAGUUAAUUUUCGUGAUGCAUACUUUUAUUAUUUGGAUUUUAUUUUUUUUUAUAAAUUGUUUUGAGGGUCUUGGUUUUUUCCUUCUUCUUUUUUAACAAUCCAGCAAUGCAUGAAUUUUAUGAAAUAAUAAAAUCAAUAUAAAUGAGUCCCGGGCAGCUGGAGGGGCACCAGGCUUGCAAAAGGCUUGCAGAGACUUCCCAUUCAUCCAGGCAGUUCCUCUCCCUGAGAUGCACUGUUUACAGCCCGGGAGGCUCCGGUCAAACUGACUGACUGUGGUGUCGUCGUCCCCCUGCACUUCCUCCUGAAAAAAAGGAACUCCUGCCUUUCCAGCCUGCUAGAGUUGGAUUCUCUCCCCUUUCAUCUUUCUGCAGUCAGUAGCCGUGUGUGUGUGUGUACACUUAACAGUAAAAAGACAGGCUAGGAAGAACGCUGUGAUAAACCAAACCUCCAAAGUUCCCCACCUGCUUGUUCCAUCUACUGAGACUCCUACUGAGAAGCCCCCGCUGGCUUGAGCAUUGCCCACCCAUUGCUCAGCUUAGCUGCACAGCCAGAGGACCUUGAACUGCGCCCCAUGAACCACCACCAGCAGCAGCAAUUGAGUUUUGUUCAGGUGGUCCAUGGCAGGUCCGCAAAACUGCGAUUAAAAAUCAAGCAGUGCAUGGCCAGUCACUACAACAGGAAGGGGGGGUAAUUAAGUGAGCCCUGGUGUAUCUGUGUGUGGCGGGGGGACCCACUGGACUAGAAACUUGCUGGAGCGGUUUUGAACUGGAGAGUCUCAGGAUCCGAAUUGCUCCAGCAGACGGCGAGUUCUGGUGCCGCGGAGAGUCCAGGCCCAGCCCCCGUGCCUCCAUUUUGCUUUCUUAAUUGCCUCCGGUGGAAAGAAGAACCUUUGGCGUUGUCACGCCUCCUUGUGCAACACGCCAGUGAAGCUUCCUGCCUCCUCUGAUUGGACUCGCAAGCUCCAACCCACCGGCAACACAGGAAGGAUGAUGGCCAUGACAUGACCCAGGAGGUCCUCCUUGCCUUGUCUCCCUUCAGCAAGGGGAGGAAGGAGGCCUUCCCAUUUCGGACCUUCUUUCCUCCUUUUAACAUCACAUUGUGCAAAAGUAUCCGGAGUGUAUUCUCAUGUCAGCCCCAGAUAAAUAAAGAUACAGCUGCACCCCCCCCCAUCCUCUCUAUUCUUGGACCCCCUUUAGCCCUGCCCUCCUCCAUGAAUUCAUCUAAUCCUCUUUUAAAACCAUCCAGAUGGAUGCCCAUCACUGCUUCCUGCAGGAAGGAGGGAGGGACACAGUUUAACUAUUAAAACAACUUUUAAAAUCCCAAAUCCUUCAGCUUUGUGGGAUGCCCAAGAGUUCUAGUGUUACGCGGGAGAAAAAGUUUAUCCGUCUAUUUUCGCCAGGCCAUGCAGGAACUGGGGUGGUGGUGGUGUUCCAGUUUGCCAAAGGCCACCUCCUAAGGUGAGAAUUGAGUAGGGGGGACACUCUCAGCCUCUGGUGAGCCCACAGGCACCAUGUGGCCCCGAGACUUGGUCUUCCAAGUCGAAAGUAGCCCGGCUGCAGGUGGACCUGGGCUCUGCAUCGUUGGGUGUGCAGGAGGAGAGGCUUCUUAAGGGCUGUGGCCUCUGCCGUGUCCGCGCAGAGCAGGAACUGCUGAGGGAGGUGAAGCAGGAGCUGAGGCUGCAUUUUCAGUUCCCCUCAGCUAAAAAUGCAACGGAGAGGGAGGGCCUGGCUGGCGCCAAAUGGAUCAGGCUGGGCCAGAGGCCUCAGCAAUAACCCAGAGGCCACAGGAAGCCCCUGCCGCUCUCGGAGCACAGCUGGAUCAGGCCACAACUGCUGGUUCAGGCCAAUGGCCCACCUAGUCCAGCAUCUCACAGUGGAAGCCAAGCUAUUGCGGCUACUAGCCAUUGAUAGCUCAUUCCGUGAAUUUGUACAAUCCUCUUUAAAAAGCCGUCCAAAUUAGUGGUCAUCCCUGCCUCCUGUGGGAGGGAGUUCCACAGUUAACAAUGCACUGUGUGGUGAAGGACUUCUUUCUAUCUGUCCUGGUUUUCUCAAGGUUCAGCUUCGCUGGACGCCUGCAAGUUCUCUGGGUUGCAAUAAGGACGACGAAGCUCCUUGGAAGCAUCUGCCUUCGAUGGAGCCAAGUGUGUGUGGGGGGGUCCCCCUCGCCCUGCCCGCCACCCUUUGCUCCUCCAGAGGCUCAGGUCCCAUCUCCCGGAGACCUUCCGCACCCAAAGCAGGCACUCUGCUCCAAAGGCAGCCUCACCCAACUGGGUGCUGCCCAUGACCACAACUCUCACCAACUCACCAGUUGCGCAGGCCAAAGAGGCAGUCUGGUCCUGCAGCGAUGGCCUCCUGCCCAGCCACUUCCCACCCUGCCGUUUGUUUCAACAGAGCUUUAGGCCUGCUUCUCCUAACCAGGUGUCCCCCUGAUGUUUCGGACCAUCAACUCUAGUCUAAUCAUGUGUCUGUGUUGUCUGAGUUUGAUGGAACUCAGAUAUAAACCAUGGGGUGGCCACACCCAGCAGGUUCUUCAGCUGUGAUGCCUGCCUUGCAGGGGGUUGGGCUAGAUGACCCUUGGGGUCCCUGCCAACUCUGCAAAUCAGUGAGCCCGUGGCCCUCCAGCUCUUGUCUUUUCCAUGGUCUCCAACUGGAUCAGCGGCUCCCAUUUAGAGUCAUCCCCAUCCCCAGCACUCCCUAUACUCUGAAAUGCAUUGGGCAGAAUCGCAGUCUGAACGACCCACCAAUGAAUAUAAUUGCACAACGACAUUCAGAACAGUAACACUGGAUGCACAUUCAUUCAAAAUCAAAUUAGAACUAUUUGGUUGAAUUAAAGAACAGAACAGUAGAGUUGGAAGGGUCACCCAGUCCAAUGCAGGAUCUAGUCUGAUAGCCAGCCCCCCCUUCCCCUUAGUGCCCCCUAGGUAAACCUAUUGGUGGGCUGGUGGCCUUUGUUGGCCAUCAUCUUGGGCUGUUUGGCUUCCGACCUCCACGGGGAAGCUAAUGAAGCUUUUGUCUGGCUUGGUCUGGGUCCUGCCAGCAGCAGCCGCCAGUCUUUUCUCCCCCUGCCACAGAAAGGCCAUUGUUCCUCUUCCUGGCGUGGAUUUCACUAACAAAUUGCUGUCGGGAAUGGCAAGGCCCCCAAGGAGAGGGGGUGUGGCGGGGCAGAGGGCUAAUCCCGGGAUCGGGAGCCAGCUGCACCUGCGCUCCUAAGGACAGAGGCAGAGAGCCACAGGCCCAUCUGGUCCAGCAUCCUGCUCACAGUGGC